CGGCAACAUCACAAGGAGCUUCUUGGAAACAAAUUCUCACCCGUCUCCCUUACCACGCACUCCGCGCAGCCGACACGGCAAUUUUGCAGCAGCUCUUCCUCGGUGGGGACAAUUUGGCUUUUCUCGGGCACAAGUGCGCAGCAGGGAUGCUAGGCGACUUUUUGCUGGAAUUCAGGUUUUUGCAGAAAGUGCUGCUUGGGGCGGCUGGAUCUCUACCAGGAGCGUGCUCUCCCUCUGUUCUCGAGGACUGGCAGGAGUUCUAUUCUGGGAAUGCACAUGUUUUUCGGUUGUUUGCUUCGAGUGCUGCCGCAUCUGCCGACGACGGAGAUUCGAAAUCCAUGCUGGAACACGUAUUGCGCCAACAAGCCCUGAACGUUCGAGAUUCUUCCGACGUAGCGUCGCAGGAUAAGGACUCACGAGGCAAAAAAACCAACACAGAUUCACCUCCCACCCAAAUCCCCUUAUCCUGGACGAACAAGGACCAGCGGAAAACUGCUUUGGAAACGACGGUCCAGCUCUCCGGCAACAACAGUUGGAUAUGGACCGCGGCGGUUUCCCCGGACUACAAGCACAUCGCCCUCGGGUGCAGCGACGCUUUUGUGCACGUUUUGUCCACGGAAUCCUGGGAGGAGGUGAUCACCCUCGGAAUUACAAACGGGCACACCGGGGAGUUGUCGCACUGUCUGUUUUUGACAGAGAACUUGCUCCUCUCCGUCGCAACUUGCAAACCGUACAAGCCGGACAACGACGUGAUUUUGUGGGAUAUAAGGCGGGGGAACAAGCUUUUCUCCUGGGAAGCGCGAGGGGGUUGCUUUUCUCUGCAGAAAGUGCCGGUGCAGACACAGGAAAGUGGUAUGUUCACUGUUUUGAUGCGGACGGGCGAGUUUUUUGCAGCGUACGAAGUUAACGAUUUGGCGAACCAAAAAGUGAAUGAAGAAGGUGGAGAGAAACCCGCUCGCUUUACCCGCGAACUUGCACAUUGGCAGCUCGGCCGUGGAGGGCUUGGCUGCGACGGCUUUUUUAGCGAGGAUAGAAGCCGACUUUUCGUUGCGACUGGGGUUAAGGCAGAGAUCAGAAUGUGGUGCAUACCGGCAACUAGAAACUACGCUGGAGAAGAUGCGGAAGUUGUGGAGCAAGCAAUUUCUGACCCGUGCUUGAUCCUCAAGUCGCACACGGACAAUGUGGUAGAUUUUCGCUUCCUCGGAAAAACGUACUGUGUGAGCAUCAGCAGCGACUACAGUUUGAAAGUGUGGGCGUUGUUCAAGAUUGACAGUAAAGCAGGAGACAUACAAGGCUCGAGCUCCAGUACUGGAUUUUCCUUCAGUGUCCUUGCAACGGUUCCGAAUCUGCACGGCUCUGGCAUCGAUAUGAUGUCGCUCACCGUUUUUCAGCACGGCGAAGGAUUGUCGACGUCCACCUCCACUUACUCCGUCAUCACUUGUGCAGAUGACAAAACCCUCCGUCUCUACGACAUUUCAAUCGAUGAGGGAAAGAGCACUAAAUCUGGACAAACUACCGGUACAACAAGCGCUGGCAAGGGUUCGGGCAAAGGAAAGAAAUCUACUGGCAGCAAGCAAGCAUCUACUGCGGCCACCACAAAUGCCGAAGCACCAGGCUCUUCUUCUGGAACCGCGAAAGUGAAGCACUGCGCCACUUUAGAAGGGAACGCGAGCACGGUUAAGACAGCCCAGGUGAUGCGCAACAGAUGUUUUUCCUGCUCCGACGACGGUGUCGUGCGCGUUUACCGGUUAGACACAGCGAGGGAAAAUCAUCAGCAGCCUGCUGUGAAGAGGGCGGCUGUUGGUACUAGUUCCGGAGGUGCAGAAGACACCAACUCCAACACCGCAUCGGCAGACAAAGACAAGCGAGCCAAGCUCGGUAAUCUCCCCGCACUCGCGGGACCCGGUGCGGCUGCUGGACCGAGAGUUGGAACUACGAAAGCUUCAUCUUCGUCGACAAGUCCACCUGACGCAGCACCACCGCAAAGCAAGCUUCCAGCCGAAUCCUACCACAAGCCGCACGCAGUCUCGAGCUGCGCAUUUCUCAGCGAAUCGCACGUCGCUUCAGCGGACAUCAUGGGCAGAGUGCGUUUGUGGGACAACCCGUAUUGUCAGACGGUGGUUUGGACGAAGGUUUUGAAAUCAGCGAACGAACUGAACAUGACAGCGGUGAGCUCACUAGCGGUGCUGCCGUCGCCAACUGCAUCCAAUUCGGAUGCACAUCCCACAUCAUCAAGCAGCGGUGGUGGGCUGAAAUCACUCGCCAACACGGCUCUUUUCUGUGCCAUGUUUCGCAUCGUACACGUGUUGCGUGCGAGUGACGGGGUCUGUGUGCUAUCUUGCAGUUUUCCUGAUUGGAUCAACGCCCUUUCCACGUCGGUAAACAAUGGUUCCAGAAUGGAGGUGCCACCUACAACUUCGUCCCAAGCGAUUCUAGCUGGCGGCGACAGCUACGCGGUGGCGUGGGCUUGUCCGAGCAAGGAACUACUAACCGACAUUCUUCUGGAAAAGAAAAAGCGGUUACCGGCGGAUAGCGUGUUGCCCUGGAAAAAGGCACAGUUACCGCCGAAAGUGUCGCAAAGGACCGCGGUGUUGUGUGUUGCGGGGGCGGCAAUUGAAAGAGGGGGCUCUGGAACAAAUCAACCUGAUUUCCUCGUCGCUGCCGGCUCGAACGACAACCAGUGCCGCGUGUGGCUCGGCUCAACGGCGGAUUUGCUGUUCACCGUUUCGACCGCAGACGCGUCCUGGGUGGUGAGUGCUUGUUUUUUGUCAGGACCGCAACAGAACCCGAAGCAGACCGAAGACGCUCUUGUCGCUGACCGAGACAAACCGCAGCAUCAUUCGUACUUGAUCUGCGGCUCCCAAGAAGGGGAGCUAGUGGCGUUCAGAGUCGACACUUCUUCGGGUGAGGCUGGUGGAGCAGACAAGGCAAAAAUCGCGACGAUUGCGCAAACUUCAGCGCUGUUUCCGGGCAGCGCGAACAAACCGACGAUCGCCUGGUGUGAGGCGUGCGAUUUUGACAGCUUCUGCGGACCUGCUGUACAACCAAACGAAGGCCACGAAGAGUAUCUAUUCGCCGUUGCGCUCUCGUCGAAAUUCGUUUACGUUUGUAGUUUAUCAGUUUCUGAUGCUGAAGGAGGCGAUCAAAAAAAUGAGUUCAGAAUAGUCGGGUAUUUCCCCGGCAGCGGGCCGUUCGGGUCCGCGGACGGUAUCGGUGGUCAAGGAACAGUUUGUCGCAAUCGCAUUUGUAUUGGUGACCAGACAGGAGAGCUGUAUUCGCUUCAAACAUCUUGAUACCGAGCGUGUAAUCAAGUCGCGCAGCUGGAACAGGAUUCUGACUAGUCAACGUCCUCGGCUUAGCUAAAGACAUUGGAUGUAAUUGUUCUUGCAUGGGGUCGUGCAGCUGAAAUUGAAU